UCCCUCUCCACCUGAGAAACCAAGAACUUCUCUUCACCUCUCUGAUUUCUCUCAAAUCAUGCAAAGAUUUCUCUCAAUUUCCUCAAAAUCAAUCAAAAAUGUCACAAAAUUACACAAAUUCUCCACUCCAAUCACAGAACCCAUAACUUCUUCUGUGGGUUUUGGGAUUAAUUUUUUAUAUGGAGGAGUAAGGAAUUACAGUAGUGAAGAAUCAAAUAGAGAAUCAAUAAACUAUGAUGUGGUUAUAGUAGGAGCAGGACCAGCUGGGUUAUCAGCUGCAAUUAGAUUCAAACAAAUGUGUAUUGAGAAAGAUGUUGAUUUAUCAGUUUGUGUAGUUGAGAAAGGAGCUGAAGUUGGUGCUCAUAUCUUAUCUGGGAAUGUUUUUGAACCUAGAGCACUUGAUGAACUAAUCCCACAAUGGAAACAACAACAGGCCCCAAUUACUGUACCGGUGACAUCUGACAAGUUUCUGUUACUUACAAAGAAACAUGCGUUUUCACUUCCUUCGCCCUUCGACAACAAAGGGAAUUACGUCAUAAGUUUGAGUCAGUUAGUACGUUGGAUGGGAAGCAAAGCUGAAGAAUUGGGAGUUGAAAUAUACCCGGGAUUUGCAGCUAGUGAGAUUUUAUAUGAUGCCAGUGGAAGUGUUAUUGGCAUUGGAACUAAUGAUAUGGGAAUUGCCAAAGACGGCUCAAAGAAGGAAAACUUUCAGCGUGGUGUGGAAUUGAAAGGACGUAUAACGCUUCUUGCUGAAGGAUGCCGAGGAUCGUUAUCAGAGAAAAUAAUAAGAGAUUACAAACUAAGUGAGAAAGUUCAAGCACAACACCAGACAUACGCUCUUGGAAUUAAAGAGGUAUGGGAAAUUGAUGACACAAAGCAUAAACCUGGUGCAGUUCUUCACACAUUGGGUUGGCCACUGGAUAAUAAGACUUAUGGGGGAUCAUUUCUGUACCACAUGCAAGAUAGGCAGGUUUCUCUUGGCCUUGUCGUUGCAUUGGAUUAUAAGAACCCUUUUCUAAACCCAUAUGAGGAGUUCCAGAAACUCAAACACCAUCCUGCGAUCAAACCACUUUUGGAAGGUGGAACAGUUCUCCAAUAUGGCGCCCGGACAUUAAAUGAAGGCGGUUUUCAGUCUAUUCCACAUCCAGUGUUUCCGGGAGGAGCAAUUAUCGGAUGCUCAGCUGGCUUCCUAAACGUGCCAAAAAUCAAGGGAACACAUACAGCGAUGAAAUCAGGAAUGCUGGCUGCAGAAUCUGCUUUUGGGGCAUUGCACGAAGGGUCUAAUAUGGAAACAUAUUGGGACAACUUAAAGAAGUCGUGGGUCUGGGAAGAACUACGUAAAGCUCGGAAUUACCGCCCGGCAUUCGAGUAUGGAUUGGUCCCAGGAUUGGCUGUAUCUGCAGUAGAACACUAUAUCCUAAAGGGAAGAUCUCCUGUGACACUGAAGCACGGCAAACCUGAUCAUGAAGCAACAGAACCUGUUAACUUACACACUCCAAUUGCAUACCCUAAGCCAGAUGGUGCGGUGUCUUUUGAUGUGCCAACUUCUCUAUACAGGAGCAACACGAAUCAUGAACAUGACCAACCUGCUCAUCUUCGUCUUCAGGACAAAAAGAUACCUGAACUUGUAAACCUAUCAAAAUAUGCUGGUCCUGAAUCAAGAUACUGCCCUGCACGUGUUUAUGAGUAUGUUCCAAACGAGGAAGGCCAACUAAAGCUCCACAUCAACGCUCAAAACUGCCUCCACUGCAAGGCCUGUGACAUCAAAGAUCCUAAGCAGAACAUAAAAUGGACGGUUCCCGAAGGCGGCGGUGGCCCUGGAUAUUCAGUCAUGUAGAUUUCUCUCCCACCCCUAUACUUCUCAUCGGUAUAUCUGUAAAUACUCCUUGGCCUGGGGAUGUAAUAAGUUAACGAGGAAAGUAGAGUAUAUUAUAGUACCUUUCUGGAAAACUGAUGCCGAAAUUGCACAACUUUUUCAAAUAAUCUCCUCUUUCAACAAAAAGUCGUAAUUCCUUGAUCAACUUGUGGAUACAGAAUAUUACUUCGCAAUACUUUUACACGAAGAAAGGAGAAAUGCGAUAAAGAUAUUUGGUACGCCAGAAAUUAAUACCUAGGCGAAGGGAAAGUACGACUCUUAUGCGAAGAAGGUUUAUGACCCAUCACAUAUCGCACAAAUAAGAAGAUAGGGUUCACAUGAAAAGUAUGACUUAUUAGUACCAGUGCGAUGGCAAGAGAGUAUUGUAAGAGGGUUCAAUAAAUAAAUUUUAUGAUCCCACGGAUAAUUUUGAGAGAGUUAUUUUUCUAGUCCAAGUGUUAUCUUGGAGAAAAAGUGGUGUAAAUCCAACUUUCACAGUACACAUUAUUUCAUUCUGAACAACAUCAUGUGGUGUUCCAA